UACAUGUAUAUAUGGCAAACCAAAGUUCAAAAAUUCAAAAUAAAUGUUUAAUGUGCCUGCUACUUAAUAUUUACUGUUUUCGUAAAUAAGGUUAUAAAUUGUACAUAAACUGUGUGGUUUAUUAAAUGUUAGUCUUCUUAUAAAAUAAAAUGGGUCAGAAAGAUGAUAUUUAUCAAAAAUUUCAACUGAGACCUAUGAAAUGUGAACUUAAUUUUCUUAGCAGAUCUGAUGGUUCGGCGAUCUUAUCUCAAGGUGAAACUGUGGUCACAGUAAGUGUUAAUGGUCCAUUGGACAUCAAGACAACUAGCCAGAGUAUAGAGAAGGCGACUCUUGAAAUUCUGUUCAGUAGCAAGGGAGGGAAACCGUCAGUUGCUGAUCGGUUUAAAGAAAAUGUAAUCAGACAGACAUGUGAAACAGCUAUAUUGGGUUGCCUGUAUCCUCGGACCGGAAUAACGAUUACAAUACAAGAAUUAGAAGACUAUGGAGGGCUCCUUUCCUGUGCAAUCAACUGUGCAUGUCUAGCUCUUCUUAACAGUGGUAUAUCGUUACAUCAUGUAGUGGCAGCCGUCAGUUGUAUUGUGGAUGAAACUGGAAAUAUUGUACUGGAACCUUCAUAUCAGCAGGUUCAGUCGGCCACAACAAAAUUGUACUUUGUGUUUGAUAGCAGAGAUAAGAAUCUCGUUACAGGUUUCACUGAGGGUGCUGUCGGUGAAGACAUGUACCUUGAGGCUUUAGAGAAAUGCCGUGCAGCCAGUGACCUGGUCUUCGACUUCUAUAGGGAUGUAGUGAGGAAAUACAGUGAUGUUAUAUAACGGGAAUGUUAUAUUGACAAUGAUAGUUAUUAAACGUUUUUCUAUGGACAAUUAGAUUUUUAAAUAAUAUAAAUGCAUGUGAAGUGAUUUAUGUUUAUAUAUAUUUAAUAAUUGUUUAUAUAAGUGUGUAUAUGCUUUAAGUGCACUCAUAAAUGUUUUUUAUCUAUGUAUUGUCUGUACAUGACAUAUAUCUCAUACAAAUAUAAGUAAUUUUAGGUGUUGAUUGUACACUUCGGGUCACUACUGUAAGUAGAUCACGCUGUGAGAACAAUAAUUAACACACAUUAUAGUUUAUGCUGUGUACCGUGACGUUCGCGAAAUGGGACACUGUUCCUUAAUUCCGAUCUUCAUACGUGCGAAAACGUGCCGAUAUAUUGUGGCAGUGUCGCUUAGAAUGUAGGAGACAGGAACAGAGAGUAGCUUGUAAAUAGAAUAAAAUUUAACUGUUAACAAGCCAGUCACAAUAAGGAGAUUUGGCAGUUAAGCUAAAAUGGUACAAAUAGGUACUUUAAUAUCAAAGAUGUUAACCCCAACUGUGGCCAUCAGUUGUAGUUCUUUCUAACUAUAAAAAAUCGUAAGUCUGUGGCAGAGAGCAUAACCGCUAGUAAUAAUAAAAAAUAAAAUAAUCUAGGUAAUUAUAAUAUCGUACCACGAGUAUAAUAAAUUGAUAUUUAAAAACAAAACAAUGUGCACACUGUCAAUCGGUCAGGGAUUUCCCGAAUAUUUAAUACCCCGUUCCCGCAUAACCAACGCUAUUCAGCGGAUUCCCUCGCUCGUCACUUGUAUUGUGGAUUGGGCAAUUUCUUUUGUUUCUUUUACGUGAACGUGUGAACAUUAGUGCAAAGUGUUUUUUAAUUGUUAUAUAUUAUAACAACAAUUUUUGUAUAAAAACCGGGUUAAUAGUCGAUUCUUGAAGAAAAUAAACAAGGUAAGUGAAGUAUUUUUGUUGUGUUGCGUACAGGUGAUACUUUUUUAACUCGUUUAGUAUCUAGUAGCCAGUGGCGUAACUAUAGGGUGGCAAGUCGGCAAAAUGCCAUGGGCCCCGGAAGUGGCCCCUGGUCAGAUGAAAAUAUCAAUUCUCAACAUUUAUAUUAACAAAUGCACAAUAAAUUGAAAAAAUGUUUUGUCUCUAAUUUA